CACAAAACCCGGUUCCACGCGGUGCUUUAGUGGCUAAAAGUGAAAGAGCUGCCUUGGCAGAAUUCAGCUCUAUGAAUCACUUCGGAAAAUUGGUUCGACUGAAUGGCCUUAGGAGGAAAAACGUUUUAAUAGGAUCCAGGGGAGGUUCUGCUGUUUCAAUCUGCUCCUUAAACAGGUGGAGAUUGGACCUUCUCAAUUAUACAAACAGUAAGUACCCAACAGCGGGAGAGCUGCCCUCCGAAUCCUCCCCGCACGCAGCCCUAAACCAGGCGCAGAGCCUGCCUUUGCCUCUCAAACCCGAUCACAAAUCAGCAAUUCGGAUCGAUUAGCUUCUCAAAGAGCCCUAGGCCUCUCAGGGCAAGAAUCCCCCAGCCCUACUGAAAAAGUGGGCCAGAGAGCUGCAGGCGCACCCACCCUUCCCCAGGUCCCCAGGACCCCGGCACGCCGCCUGCCCUCCCGGACUCUUCGAGGUCGUCCUUAGGCGGCGGGGAGCUCUCUCUCGACCUCCGACGCCAGCCAAGGCGAGCUCGUUGCUUUUGCAUAAAUUAAUAUUUCCCCAUUAACAAGUUCCCCCCUCCAAACGCGACGCCCGCGUCCAUGCGCCACAUCCUAAUGAGGUAAUUAUCAUUUGCGCGUGUUCGGGGCUGGCGCUGGCUCCGUAGGUAAAUGGCAGUUUAUUAGCACGGUGCCCAGUUCGGCUGCGCAGGGCUAAGGGAUACUUUGGUGAUUAGACGGACACCAGGGGCCCUUUGAGGUAGCGCGUCGGGGACACCCCGCCUUCCCCGCGUACCCUAAAACUGUAGGCCCCCCAAAGUUGUGAAUCACCCAAGGAACUCUGCCUAGGUUUGGGUUUGGGCGGCCCCCACCUCCUUCCACCGGCAAAACCAUCACGAUUCUUCCCCCUCCCCCCUCCCUCUCUUCCCUCCUUCCCGAUUCGCAAACCGCUCGCACUUUCCCGAAGGGAGCGCGGGCGCUAGUUGCCUCCUUUAAAGUUUGAGGGGCGGUGGCGGCGGCCGGCAGGCGCGGGGGAACGCAGGGUCCUCAACGGGAGUCGCGCCGCCGCCCAUGUCAUUCCACUUCAAGUGACUUCAUGUGAUGUCAGCUGAAUGUAAAAGACAGUGAUCUCACGCGGAGGGGAAGAUGUUUGCCAUCAAAAUGUGACAGAAGAGACACGCUGCAUGGCUCGGAACGCAUCUCCUUGGCGGUGGGGGAAAGAGGUAAAAGCGAGGUGGUUCUUCCGGCCCUCUUUAACUUUGCUCUUUCAGUGCCCAGUUCCCAGCACGCGUGGCGAAGGCCUGGGUCCAGGGAAGGGCUGGGAGUGUUAAUUUGAGACUCCUUUCUUCUACCCCUUCUCCUUUCCUUUGUACAGCCUCCCCCUUCUUCCCCCUUUCAUAGUCCCAGGGCAAUAGCUGGUGGGUUCCUUUGCGCGCCGGGUUAAUGGGCGGUAAUUUGGUACCCUUGGGUGCACUUUGUUCUGCUUCUGUUCAUUUGAAUGCAAAUGGGUGACCGGGCCGACUAGGUGCUUAUUAAAUUGCGGUUUCCCCCCUGCCUUUUCCGGAAUGCAGACUUAGAGGAGAGAGGCUGUGCCCUGGCCCAGCCUGGCCCAGCUUGGCGCGCCAUGGCCAGCUCAGCUUCCCUGGAGACCAUGGUGCCCCCGGCCUGCCCGCGCGCUGGAGCGUCACCGGCCACUUCUAAAACACUAGCUUUCUCUAUCGAGCGCAUCAUGGCCAAGACGUCCGAGCCCCGAGCGCCUUUCGAGCCCCGGCCUGCUGCGUUAGAGGCAGACAGCAGCCAGAGCAAGAAACUGCUCAACCUCUGCUCGCCGCUGCCCUGUAUGAUCCCUCUCCAGCCUCUAGGCUACGAGGUGCCGUCCAAGACGCUGCUCAGUUACUCGGAGUUCUGGAAGAGCAGCCUCCGGGCGGGCGGCGGUGGAGGAGGAGGCAGCGGCGGGGGGGCCCCAGUGUGCGGCGCCAGCGGCUUGUGCAAAACCAACUGUGGCGUGUGCUGCAAGGCCGAACUGGGCCUCGCGCCUUCUGCGCUGCCCGCCGGCAGGGUCAUCAAACCGCAGGUCAUCAACCAGGCUGUGGGGCUGCCUGCCAGCGGCUCUCUCUACUACUUCAACUACCUGGACUCCACCGCUUACCCACCUUCGGAGCUCCUCGGAGGCCACCUUUUCCCAUCCGGCCUCCUCAACGCACAGGCCCCCACUUCCCUGGCUGCUCACCCCAAGCUUUUUCUGCUGGAGAACGCCAAACUGGCCAGCCUGGCUGCGGACAAGUUCCCCCACCCAGCUUCCUAUCCCCAUAAGGAGCGCUUGCAUGCGCCACUGGAGCAGGUGCUGAAGGAGAACUCGGCCUUGACAGCUGAACGAGGGGGAGUCAAGAGCCACAGCAAACUACCGGGGGGCUCUACUGACAGCAAACCCAAAAACUUCACCUGCGAAGUGUGCGGCAAGGUGUUCAAUGCUCACUAUAACCUCACCCGCCACAUGCCUGUCCACACCGGAGCUAGACCGUUUGUGUGCAAAGUCUGUGGCAAAGGCUUCCGCCAGGCCAGCACUCUCUGCAGACACAAAAUUAUCCAUACCCAGGAAAAACCACAUAAGUGUAACCAGUGCGGCAAAGCCUUCAAUCGCAGCUCCACGCUCAACACGCACAUCCGCAUCCACGCGGGCUACAAGCCCUUCGUCUGCGAGUUUUGUGGCAAAGGCUUUCACCAAAAAGGGAACUACAAGAAUCACAAGCUCACCCACAGCGGCGAGAAGCAGUACAAAUGCACUAUCUGUAACAAGGCCUUCCAUCAGGUCUACAAUCUGACCUUCCACAUGCACACCCACAACGACAAGAAGCCUUUCACGUGUGCCACUUGCGGCAAAGGUUUUUGCAGAAACUUUGACUUAAAGAAACAUGUGCGCAAACUUCAUGACAGCGUGGGUCCCACCGCCACCCCCUCAGCAAAGGACCUAGCCAGGACAGUUCAGAGCUGAGAGCUACUGCCUUGUCCGUUCUUCCUGCCCUGUACCAACCCAAGCAGAUCUCACGUAUAAACUUAUUUCUAAAAUUAAAAGAAAAAAAAACUAUAGCAGAGAGGCUAAAAUCUAUUUAUCGAAACCAGCAUAUUUUUGGGGAAAUGUAAACGUGUCCUCGAUGACCGGCACAAACGCGUGGCUCCCACCUUUGUACAUUCAGGAAACGUAUUUAAAUCCAGUGCGCUGAAACAUAUUUAAUUCCAGGCCUCCGCUUCUCCUCAGGCAGCCGGCUUUUAAUCCCAGCCUGUCACCGUGAGCGCCCAGAAGAGCGUGAUGCCCCUGCCAUCUUCACUCAACCUUGUAAUCUCUCCUGUACAAGCGAACACGGAAUAUUACAUAUAUAUGACUCAAUAAAUAGAACCAUUAGUGCGCGUCUUCUUUUCCCCAUCCCCUCGCCACGAGGUCAGCUCAACAAAUCCAAAGAAGGAGGUGGAACUAAGCAUUUAUAGCUUUUCCUUUCCCAAAUGUAACUUUCUUGGGACACCGGGGCCAAGCUAAGGUUAAACCGUACUCCUGGUAUGCUGGUAUAUUAAAGCACCCAGGAGCAUGGGCCGAAACACUUCCAUCCGGCUCCAUCAAUAGCCCAAGGUUUGAUUUGGUGACUGAGCAGAUACUUGGGAUUCUUAUUUGGGUGAGAAAAAAAUUUAAGGGUCAAAAGUGGCUGGAUGCUGUGGAAUGGCCUUUGGGUAUCCCGAGCGUAACAGCAUGCAAUUUAGGAAAAAGGCUGGGGUUUAAGGAGCGCAACCCUGGUCCUAGCCUCCUCUGACAGAGACAGCUAGAGGCUGUCCAGCCUAGGCCGUGCUGUUGAGCUCUUGGUGUCCUUUGCCUGCACUUCAGGUCUGGGCUGGCUGAUCGGUAAGCGGCACCCUGCCGCGGGAGGGCGCGCCCAGCUCCCGGAGCUGGCCGAUGUGUCCUCCCUGGUCGUGAUUACCACGCAGUUAGCCCACUUCCUCAAUAGCUAUCUCUGCCGCCGUGCACGCUGAUGAAAUGAUCUCACGCUUGCUUUCUAAGUAAUGACCCAAAUUAAGAGAGAAAACAGAGACCCUUCAAACAGCAUUACAUUAAUCAUCUAAUCAUUCCCAGGAGGGGGCCGGCUGCCGCCGCCCCGUUUGAUCCGAAUCUAGAUAAUCAAGAGCUCGGAUUACUGGCGCGUCGCGCCUGGCCUCCUCCCUCCACCCCCACCCCCUCCACACUUUUAAUAUCAGCGCGGUGAUUCAGCCCACGUCUUCUGGAACAUUGUUCUUCUACACCAGAGGAAACGCGGCGCGGGGCCCGGGAGUGCUCUUCCACGCAGCCUCCGAGUUGAGGGGGUGAGAACUGCUGAGCGCUGACCCCAUCCGGAUUUGCACCGCGGGUGGAGGCUAUUUGGAGGGAAGGAUGGUUACUGCAAAGGGCAAUCCCAGGUAACUCUUGACAGUAACUAGUGAGGGUUAGCCCAACGCGUUGUAUACAGUAGGCACUCAUUACUGAGAGCGCCACUGACUUCCACCAGAGAGAGAGAGAGAGAGAGAGAGAGAGAGAGAGAGAGAGAGAGAGAGAGAGAGAGAUCCUCUUAUUUCUAGAGCUCUUUCCCAGGCAGGCACUCAACACCUUUACUGUGGCUUUAGCAACAAUUUGCAAGCUGUGUGUGUGUGUGUGUGUGUGUGUGUGUGUGUGUGUGUGUGUGUGUGUGUGUGAUUAUUCCCACUCUGCAGAGAAAAAGUAGAGGCAGAGAGACCAUCUAAAUGACACGCCCAGAGUUUCCCGGCUACGAAGGGCAGAGCUCCAAAGUCCGGGCUUCUAAGAGACCAUCGCUUCCUUCAGAUUUCAUUGAUGGAAAGCAGUCUCAGGCUUGUGGCCUGGAGAUGCUCCUGGCCAGGGUGGAAGAUCUCUCCUGCUCACAGCCAAACCUUCUGUCCUGGGCCCCCUCCCAAUCUGAAGACCCAUUGCGUUGAGAAGGAGAAUUGUCGAUUUUGUUUGCACAGAGGACAGCGACAGCUUCCUCAGGCUGUCGCAGGGGUAUUUUUAGUACCUCCGAUUCAGAAAUAGGAACGCGUACAUUAGAAUUCCAUUUCCUGAAAGGAGAGCGUCCUCGUUUUUUUGUAUUCCUCUCCUUCCUCCUCCCCCAAGUCUGGGAAGAUGUAGCCAGGGGAGGGGGGCGAGGAAGCCAGAGGGGAUUUAAAUGCUAUCUUGUUCUGGCUGCAGUUCCCUGAGGAGAGAUCGGGACCCAAAGGAGCAGGCAGAUUUAACUCUCUAUGUAUGCUAUAAAACCCAGGCAACCCCGGAGGGGUGAGGAGGACAGGGCCAAAGAGAAUAGGAACUUCCCUCUUGGAGGCUGCAUGAGUUUGACAGGUCAAUCCCUCCACUUCUCCAUUUCUUCUCAAAGUAUUUUAUUAACUUUGCUUGACAUUCUUAGACCCCACUCCGUUCUAGAACACCUGAGUACUCUAUAUCAGUCAUUUCAAUCAGCUUCCUCCUCCUCCUCCUCCUCCUCCUCCUCCUCCUCCUCCUGCUCCUGCUCCUCCUCCUCCUCCUCGUUUUCCUCCUCUUCCUUCUCUUCCUCCACCACCACUAGCACCAUCUCCCAAGCAUACCUUUUCAGGUGUGCUGCUUGGAGAUCCUACCAUGUCAAGCACAUCUUAAAACACCUCAGGAAGAUAUUUAUACAAAGGCGAAUGCCGAGCUGCGGAGUGCGAAGGGAAGUGGCUUGUAGGAAAUUACAGUCAAGUGCCCUUCUCUUAAGGAAAUCUGUUCCAUGGAAGAGGGAGCAUGCCACCCAGAAGGCUAGCUUCUAACUAUCAAGCAACAGAGCCCGGAGAAAGUCUUCUGUUGUAACUUUCCAUGUAACUUUUUUACAAAAGGACCUCCCCCUCUUGCAAACUGAAAAUAUGCGCCUUCAGGUUGGCGGUUGUAAAGUACUAGGGGGUUGUUUCUUUGCAAACUCCAAAGUGAAUAAAAUCCAGCUCAGGUGGAGCUGAUGGGGCUCCCCUGCUUGUCCCUGCUCCCAGGAAGUGGUGCUCUGACUAGGAUGGACCUCUGCAGUUUCCCUCCUGUUCCCACCGCCUUGAGGUUGUUUCUCUUAACUUGAUUGUUACUUAACCUCCACACUAGGCUCCUGCCAAUCUUGCGCACCUGAGAAGGUGUUAUUUCACAUCUGAAGGUAAUUGAAGAUAAACAGUUCUUCCAAACCUAGGCAGCUUAGCUCUGCCUUCCUCCGGUUGGACACCAUUCCCUGGUUGAAGAGGUCUGUUAUCUUGGUGAUGGAAUCCAGGAAAGACUGCCUUCUCCUGGAAAGAGUCAGCACUUUCCACAGCCAGCACCGAGCUCCCUCCUUAACCACUGUAGCCUGCCUUCUCCUUAGCAUCGUGCAUGGAAAUCGUGGGCGAAAGGCUCUGUUUUCUCUCGUUUUUUUUUUCCUCCAUAAUAUUAAAUUGUUUGCAUGACUUGAAGUUUGCAAUAUCAAUAAAUGACUUAAACAAGGUA